AAAUGGGUAAUGUUGAGAAAGACAAGAAGAUUUUUGGUCAGAAGUGUGCCCAGUGCCACACUGUGGAGAAGGGAGGCAAGCACAAGACUGGGCCAAAUCUCCAUGGUCUGUUUGGGCGGAAGACAGGUCAAGCUGCUGGAUUCUCCUACACAGAUGCCAGCAAGAACAAAGGCAACACCGGGGGAGAGGAUACAUUGAUGGAGUGCUUGGAGAAUCCCAAGAAGUACAUCCCUGGAACAAAAAUGAUCUUCACUGGCAUUAAGAAGAAGGGAGAAAGGGCAGACUUAACAGCUUACCUCAAAACAGCUACUAAUGAGUAAUAGUCACUGCCUUAUUUAUUACAGAACAGAAAUGUCUCAUGGCUUUUUUAUGUGUACCAUAAUUUAAUAGAUCUCAUACACCAGAAUUCAGAUCAUGAGUGGCUGACAGAAUAUUUCUGUUGGACAGUCCUGAUUUAAGUAAAAUUGGCUUAUA